CACGUUGUUGGACACUGUCGGAGUUAGAGACGACUCUUUACAACGUCGCUACCAGCAAGUGAAAUACUAGUGUGGAUCUAUCAUGUUGCGAAGAUGCAGUAGUAGUAACGAAGAAGACAAGCGCAAGUUCCUCGUGGCAGAUCUUCAUAACGAGUGGUGGAUCAGAGGACGAGGCCUUCUAGUUCCGAAAUAUCUACCGCUUCCGCGUCAACAAGUAACAAGUAGAUACAGUACCGUAGACGAAGAUGUUGAGUGAUAUUUCUUCAGCCAUUCUCUCCCUUCGCUUUCGGGUGAAGAAAAAUUUUCCGGCAAGAUCAACAGGAAGUCAAGAGCAGAAGAAGUCGAAGAAUGACACGACCCCCUCGACGUCCUCUGCGAACCUUGAACUGACGACGGCUAAUAUUGUGGAGGUUCGCCGAAUCUAGUCACGCGGUAUCAAGCUUAAGACUACAGAUUCAGCUGUUUUACAAAGCACAAACCUCCGGGCAGAUCGAGUUGAUAAUAUCUUGAGUUGUCACGAUCGCGUCGUGUAGUUCACCGCAAGUAGAGGUUGAACGUGAAUGCUGAGGCAUCACCAGGCCAAGAAGGUAUAGGUAGUAGAUAUCUGAAAAUUAUAAUUCAGGCCUGAAAUUUAUUCACAUCAUCGAUCAUGUUCAUGAUCAAGCUUAUGCUGCUUCACUGCUGCAGCUGCUUGCUAGGUAGGACUUCAUAGUGAUAGUUCAUAAUGUGGAGACUCUAAAACGCGACUAUGAAGACGGUUGUAGCGAAAAUGGCGGCACACAUGCCACGAGCCCAGUUCCUGAAAGGUGCUGCAGCUUCUGUUGGAGCGAGAAAAAAGGCAGCAAAAGAUGAGAAAAAUAGAGUUACGAACUACUUUCUGCUUCUGUAUCUGAUGCCGUGCCGCGAGAGGCUGAGGCAGCACGUGAUGAACCCAAAAGUACACCUGGUACACAAUUACGUAAGUAGUACCUCUCAAAUCGUUCAUCUGUAAAGUAGGGGUUCUAGUACCCGGACAGCGUUUACCGAAGCUUGUACAUUGUUGAUGUGAAGACCACCUAAUCUUCUAAGCUAAAGCAGAAUUUUUCACCACCACGACACGAAGGUAACAGCAUCAGUCAGAAUGGGGAAAAGCGGCUCCAAUCUACCGCAUCUUCAAUCUCAAGUAGCGGUGCAAGUUCUGCUGGUGCUAGUGGAGGAGGUUCUAAUGGGAGUAGAGCUGCUUCAAACUUUGCCGACCCUGCGGAUGAUGCCGAUGCUCAUCCUACAACUACAACUAAUUGUAAUAUUGAUACUAGAACUAGUGCACAUUCAGCAGGAAAUUCAGGAGAACGAGGAGUCGAUGCCCUACAAAUAGAGCAAAUGCAGACUGAUUUGCUGUCGGAAUUUCAAGAAUUCGGGAACAUUUUUAGGAAGUGGGUAGUCUCACAAGUGAGCUCUGGGAUGCAAUCGAUCGCUUUAGGUCACUUUAUGGUCAAGAAGUUGUAUGAGGAUGACCCCUGAAGGAUCAAGAUACACUCAGUCACACUCAGAGUGACUCAUGUCCUUGUUCAACAAAAGCCGUUUUCGUAAUUUGAGAGUGUUUGUUCUUCAGAUACGCUCGUAUUCACGGUUUGUUGGAACUGACCCGCUUUGAUUUUUUGAACUACAUCGUGAAAGUGGGCAUACUUACCACCACCAACAUCAACAACACUAACAUAUUUACGACGACGUAGUACUAAUCUAUCAUUAUAGAGCCCUCUCCCAAAGUCAAACUCAAGUGAUAGUGAACUCGACGUCGAGUUGUCAUAGAAUCGAUGUUCUAAUUCUAUUCAGGAGAAGGAGGAGAGAAAAAAAAGGGAGCACUCAUGUUCCUUAACGGCUGAAACGAAGAGGGAGCAGACGGAGUCGCGCGCCCUAGCAGCUGAGAAAAAGAGGGACCAGCCGCGGGUCGCAGCUGCUGAAAAAAGCAUUGAGCAGCAGCGCAGUGUUCUUACGACUGAAAAAAAGAGCGAGCAGACGCGCGCCGCCGCUGCUGCCGCUGCUAAGCGCAGUAGCUCAAAAAAAAGAAACAGGAGUGCCGUUGGUGUACGGGCAGACUUCAGGGUUUUUCGCUCGCAACUAGCAUCGAUCUGGGAGAGGUCCAACGCCAACUGGUUGGUAAACCUAACCGCGCUGAGAUGUGAGAGGCGGGUUCCUUUCGUUGGCACCUACUGUGCCGCAUUUUCUAGAUAUUUUGCGGUCCCAUACGUCGAUCCUUUUGCAGAUCUUGUCGAAAUACUAAACAGGUCUCGCUCUCGUAGAGCUGAUAAGCAAAGUCAUUCAACAACAUCGUCGAAGAAAACGAAGACCGUGUCGUCGAGAGCCGUUUCACAUCAGGACAGCCACUCUUCAAGGUCGAUGGAUGAGGGCCAGCAAAGAUAUGUUUACCAGGAGGAGGAUCAAGAAGAUUCCCCGGCGACGCCUCCUCGAAAUGGCAAAGAGAGGAGUAUGGAACAACAUCUCGUUCAUGAUACGCAACACCACGACCACAUUACUACAACAACUGAAGAUUUCGAAGUAGACAUCAGGGACAAGAAGAGAAGCCCCAAAGACAGAAAGUCACCAGUGGCUCCUACUUUAUUGUCGGUGUCGGACAAGGUACGAUCGUCUUGCAGCAAAGGUAGGGGAGACAAUGCAGACACGGAUGAAUCUCGCUGCUUCUCAGGACCGUUUUGCACAGCAUGGUCGUGGCUCGAUUAUAACAUUCGAAAUGCUUACGCGGCUCUUUUUUCCUCUAGCUGCAGUGAGGACUUGGCCAACGAAAAGAUAGAGGGGGAACAAGUCGAUUUUUGCGAGCAAAAUAGCGCAGAAGCAACAUCGUCAGGUUUGUAUCGUAUUCUGCAAACAACAUGGAUGCUCCUCCCGAAGGAAACGUACGCCGAGUCUGAGAACAUCACUUUUGACUCUCCCAGAGCAAUUGGAAGGUUUCUCGUCUUCGUCGUGCUACCCAGCUGUCUCGGAAUGUAUGAAACAAGGAAGCACUAGUACAACUCAACAUAUUAAGUACCUUAGUAAACACUCAUUCAACAUCAACAGACGAAAAACUUACAUUUUGAAGCACAAACACGGCAUAAAAAUGAGGAAUACUCGUUCACGUUCAUUUAGAGGUCUUCCUUGGUGGACUUGAUCUAGUACAGCUUUUGCUGAUACAUACCUAAGAUAGACAAAGCUGAAAUAUGAUUUAUGAACGGAGUAUUUCUACUCUUUGACUGUCGUGGCCAAAUUCCAAACAGUAUCUCUCUUUCUUCAUGCUUGAAUCUUCGGGGGUACCGUGGUUUUCGUCAUCGUGGACAAAUUGAAUUUAUUCACGCCGUCGUCGCUUCUGGAACAAAGCACAGUUAUGAAUAGAAGAGACGCAGAGUACACAUUCGCAUAAGUGCACGGAGUACUAGGCGAAGGCCAACAACCGAGUAAUUAUGUAGGCACCCCCAAACGAUGAAGAGCCUCGUUUUAACAAAUAAAUCUCUAUCAAAAUAACAUUUCGUUUAGGGUUAUUAAAGCUUUGAUUUUGUAACAAGAAGAAUAACAAUCUCUAUCAGAAUGAAUGAAUCACUUUAAACAAACAUUAAAUUGGUCUUUCGUAACCCUAACCUUUGAGAAAGUGACACGCUGGAUGUAUCACGUAUCUACUCCCUCUAUGUCUUGCUCAGGAAUAUCAGCCUCCAAGAACAAGAUCAAUAUUUAUAUAUUAUAUUUUUUAUGCUGUCCAACAUCAACAAAUAGAUCUGCUCGCUCCUCUGAUGCCGCCCACCUUCCUCUCUUACUUCAGGAACAGGUUUAGUAGUGAUGUACCUCAAUUCAUAUGAAGUCUAACAAUUUUACUAACACGAGCCUGCGUGAGCCAAAGAAGAUACAGACAUUUCUGGAUGAUGGUUUAGACGAUGUUGGAACGUUUGAAGAUGUCACGCAAAGAGGGGGAAAAGGCGAUCCACUUCGAGAAGCAAAGACACUUCACGCUUUUUCUUCGAUGGUCUCUAUUGUUAUUAUGCUAGCCUACUGGACCGUGGAAGAGAUACAACUAAAUAAUUCCAGACAAGAACAAGAAGCCUCCUGCACGUCAAUGUCAUUGCCGGACCCAACAUGAAGCGAGAACGACGAUCUUACUGCCUCUCUCACUCAGAGGACAACAUUCAUUCUCGUUGUCCCAUGUUAUGAAACUGAAGCUAUGUUGUGUAAGUGUAUGACAUCACAUAUCCUGGUGCCCUGAUGAUUUUUCUUAGGAUAUUUCUACUCGAAAAACUGAAAUAAGCGAGUUACUGACUGAAAAUAAGGGAGACACGACUGAAACGAAAGAACAGGAAUGUAGUCAAGACUCUCUUACUUCAGUCACAGCAACACGCAUAUUUCACGAAAAGUUAAAUAAGCGAGAUACUGACUGAAAAUAAGGGCGACACUGAAACGAAAGAAGAGGAAUGUAGUCAAGACUCUCUUACUUCAGUCAGUAACUAACUCGCUUAUUUCAGUUUUUCGAGUACGUCUAAAUCGCAACUGCGACUAUUUGACUAGGUGUAUCUGUUUCUGUAGGUUGCAGUAGAAGUAGUAGCUUUAAGAAUACCAACAUUCAAGAAUGAUCAACAACGAUGCUUUUGCUUGGUGAGAAACUUGUCCUAUUUCUUUGGACAACAUAAUCAUGACCAUGCGCAACAUACAUGAAGCAACUGCAUUACUAGAGCUCGUUUUUACGACAUGCUACCUAUAGGUAUAGGGUCGGAGGCUACAUCACAUGAUCGUCAUCCUCAGACGUCAAGGUAAUUUCAACACGUCUGUCUUUCCACGCUUGCCAGAAUCGAGAGAAAGAAUCGGCG